ACAGCAAGCGAACCAAAGAGAAGCUAAACAAGCUAACCCAUACUCAAAAGAGUAUCAUAUUGAAAUUUUACAUUCAGAACAGUUAACAAAAAUUUAAUAAAAAGUAAAAGUAAAAGUUAAACGGUCGAAUAAAAGUACAAGUAUAAGUACAAAAUCCAAAUAAGACAAGUUGGUAAACCGAGAAGAGAAAGAAACAGCCAAGAUGCCGGCCAUUGGUAUUGACUUGGGCACCACGUACUCGUGCGUGGGUGUCUUCCAGCACGGCAAGGUGGAGAUAAUAGCCAACGACCAGGGAAAUCGCACCACGCCCAGCUAUGUGGCAUUUACCGACUCGGAACGGUUGAUUGGAGACGCGGCCAAGAACCAGGUGGCCAUGAAUCCGAAGAACAGUGUAUUCGACGCGAAACGUUUGAUUGGACGCAAGUUCGAUGAUCCGAAGAUUCAAGAUGACAUGAAGCACUGGCCAUUCAAAGUGAUCAACGACUGCGGAAAGCCAAAGAUGAGCGUCGAGUUCAAGGGCGAGGAGAAGCGCUUUGCCCCAGAGGAGAUAAGUUCGAUGGUGCUUGUAAAAAUGAAGGAGACAGCCGAAGCAUACUUGGGCACCACCAUCAGAGACGCCGUCAUCACGGUGCCUGCCUACUUCAACGAUUCGCAGCGUCAGGCCACCAAGGACGCCGGUGCCAUCGCCGGGUUGAACGUGCUGCGCAUCAUCAACGAGCCCACGGCAGCGGCAUUGGCCUAUGGCCUGGAUAAGAAUCUCAAGGGUGAACGCAAUGUUCUAAUAUUCGACUUGGGCGGCGGCACCUUCGAUGUCUCGAUUCUGACCAUCGACGAGGGCUCUUUGUUCGAGGUGCGGUCGACUGCUGGAGAUACACAUCUUGGAGGCGAGGACUUCGACAACAGGCUAGUCAACCACUUCGCUGACGAGUUCAAGCGCAAGUUUAAGAAGGAUCUACGCUCCAAUCCACGAGCGUUGCGUCGCCUGCGGACUGCAGCCGAGAGAGCAAAGCGUACCUUGUCCUCAAGCAGCGAAGCCUCGAUUGAGAUCGAUGCCCUGUUCGAGGGUCACGACUUCUACACAAAGAUUAGUCGGGCGCGCUUCGAGGAGCUGUGCGGCGACUUGUUCCGGAGCACACUACAGCCGGUGGAGAAGGCUCUGAACGACGCCAAAAUGGAUAAAAGCCAGAUUAACGACAUUGUCCUCGUAGGCGGCUCCACACGCAUUCCAAAAGUGCAGAGCCUGCUACAGAACUUCUUCUCCGGCAAGAGCCUCAACCUGUCUAUCAAUCCAGACGAGGCCGUGGCCUAUGGCGCCGCCAUACAAGCUGCCAUACUCAGUGGAGACGAAAGCAGCCAAAUCAAGGACGUGCUGCUGGUCGACGUGGCACCUCUCUCAUUGGGCAUAGAAACAGCUGGCGGAGUGAUGACCAAACUGAUUGAGCGGAACAGUCGCAUUCCCUGCAAGCAGUCAAAGACCUUUACCACAUACGCGGACAACCAGCCCGCUGUGACUGUCCAGGUGUUUGAGGGCGAGCGCGCCAUGACGAAGGACAACAAUGUGCUGGGCACUUUCAACUUGACCGGCAUACCGCCAGCGCCGCGCGGUGUCCCAAAGGUAGAAGUCACUUUUGACCUGGAUGCCAAUGGCAUUCUCAAUGUGAAUGCCAAGGAGAUGGGAACCGGCAAUGCCAAGAACAUUACCAUCAAGAACGACAAGGGUCGUCUUUCGCAGGCCGAGAUUGAUCGCAUGGUUAACGAGGCUGAGCAGUACGCUGAGGAGGACGAGAAGCAUCGUCAGAGAAUCGCCGCCCGCAACCAGCUGGAGAGCUACAUCUUUGGCGUGAAAGAGGCUGCUGAGAAUGCUGGUGACAAGAUCCCUCAGUCGGACCGCAGCAGGGUCCUGGACAAGUGCAGUGAAGCCAUCAAAUGGCUCGAUGCCAAUACUACAGCGGAGAAGGAGGAGUUCGAAUACAAGCUGCAGGAGCUCACGAAAUUCUGUAGCCCAGUGAUGACCAAAAUGCAUCAGCAGGGCGCCGGAGGAGCUGGCGAUGGUCCUCAAGCCUCGCACUGUGGCCAGCAGGCAGGAGGCUUCGGCAAUGGCGGCUACACUGGACCCACUGUCGAGGAGGUCGACUAAAAUAGAGGCAGUUAUAAAAGUGAUUUAAGCUUAAUCAGUAUUAUAGUUUAAUUAAAUCUCAACCAAAAGUCGUUGUUUAUAAAAAUAUAAUUUAUGAAUGUUACUCACUUAUAUAUAAUAG